AAAGCAGGAAGUCAGAAAGGAGCGGCCAUCUCAUCUGGGAAAGAGGGGUGGAUUGAGUGUCUUUUGGUCUCAAUUUUGGAACAAGAAAGAUCGCAGGAGGCUUGGUCCCUAACGCUCCUCCCUGGGAGAACCGUUUUCUGCCCAGACUAAAGGGGGGGGACCGGAUGUAGACACCAAGAAAUAAACAGAUGGAAAAUAGGAUACCGACGCGGGUGUCCCCGGUAGCCCCGCGAGGCAUUUGAGUUUGCCCGUGAGGGUUUUUUUGAAAAAUCAUAGGAUGGGACGGCAGCAGUAUUUUGGGAUCUGGUCGGUGUUACAAUUUCCCAGGAUCUGAUGAAGUCGCAGGAGGCAUUGGCCCUUGCAGCCCUGGUGGGUCUAGCCGUGCAAGUGGCCUGGGGCGGCGUCUUUAUCCAUGUGGACGUCUCGCAAACUAAAAAGGAACUAAAGCACUUCUGGAAAAGCACCGGAUAUUGCCCUCCUUUACCACAUAGCCAAGCAGACUUGUUUGAUCUGAGUAAAGACCAGGUGAUUAACUUGGCUUAUAUUUCAUCUGUGCCGCACAAUGGCAUCGAGCAAAUUCGAAUUCACUGGCUUCUAGAACUUGUUCAAGCUUGGGUGGCAAAUGGAACACUUCAUUACAAUUUCACUAAUUUGGAUAAUUUCAUGGAUCUUCUCUGGGAAAACAAGCUACAUCCAGGGUUCGAAUUGAUGGGAAGUCCUUCAGGUUACUUCACUGACUUUGAAGAUAAAAUCCAGGUGAUACAGUGGAAGAACUUGAUUACACAGUUGGCCAGAAGGUACAUAGAGCGGUAUGGACUACAACAUGUUUCUAAAUGGAAUUUCGAAACUUGGAAUGAGCCAGAUCACCAUGACUUUGACAAUGUGUCAAUGACAAUUAAUGGUUUUCUCAACUACUAUGAUGCUUGCUCUGAAGGAUUAAGACAAGCUAGCCCUCGCCUGAAAUUUGGAGGUCCAGGAGACUCCUUCCACCCAUUCCCCAAGUCCCCAAUGUGCUGGAACCUCUUGAGUCACUGCUACAACGGAACAAAUUUCUUCACUGGAGAGACAGGUGUCCGGCUGGACUAUAUUGCUAUGCAUAAGAAGGGAUCUGGGAGCUCACUUCACAUCCUAGAACAGGAAACUGAAGCCAUGGGACAGAUCCAGAAGAUCUUCCCAAGUUUCAUCUCCGUGCCUGUAUACAAUGAUGAAGCAGAUCCCUUGGUAGGAUGGUCGGUUCCACAGCCAUGGAGAGCUGAUGUAACCUAUGCAGCCAUGGUGGUGAAGGUCAUUUCCCAGCAUCAGAACCUAUUGAUUGCUAAAGCCAAUAACACCAUCAACUACACUUUACUGAGCAAUGACAAUGCCUUUCUGAGCUACCAUCCACAUUAUUUCACCCAAAGGACUCUGACAGCACGCUUCCAGAUGAACAACACAAACCCCCCACACGUCCAGAUGGUGAGGAAGCCGGUGCUUACUGUGAUGGGUUUGCUGGCCUUGCUAGGGGAGGAACAAGUCUCUGCCAAAAUCUACAGUCCUGAAUCAGAAGACUACAGUACUCUGGGCGUCCUGGCCAGCCUACACAAACCAGCAUUGCUACAGCUGGAAGAGAGCUGGCAGGCAUCUAUAUUGGUCUAUUCCAGCAAUGAUAACCAAACAUCCUCAAAUAUCAGUGCUGUGACGAUAAAUGUAACUAACUAUCCCAGACACAAUGAACUGGUCUAUGUCACUUACUACAUGGAUAACUGCCUGACCAACCCAUAUUUGCAAUGGAAAAAAAUGGGAGCUCCAGAUUUUCCUUCUCUGAAGCAACUGGAACAGAUACGAGACAUGGAGGACCCGGUGGUUAAAGGUCCAUUUCGAGUUCCUGCUAAAGGCAAUCUGACACUGAAACAGGAGCUCCCGGUUCCUGCUCUUUUUCUCAUCCACAUCUGUGCAAAGGCUGUCUCUGCUCCCAACCAGGUGAAAGGUGUUCGCCUCAUUGGUCUCACGAAGGGACAGAUUCUGGUAACAUGGGAUGAUAGCCAUGUGAAAUCAAAGUGUCUGAAAAAGUUUGAAGUUGUUUUCUCACAGGAUGGGAAAGCAUACCACCAGAUCAGCUUCAAAGACAGUAUAUUUACAAUGCUGGUCUAUAGUCCAGGAACAACAGUGACAGGAUUUUACAAAGUGCGUGCUGUGGAUUACUGGAACAGGACAGGCCCAUUUUCUUGGCCAGUGUAUUAUAAUGGAGGAUCUUGAGAAGAAAACAUGCAAGCUACAGUUUGAAAAGCACACCAUCAUGCUUUUUGACCAGUUGCCUUUCCUUGUAUUCUGAACUUCCUAAAAGCAGUCAUUCCUCUACCAAAAGUAUGUGGCAACGUAGUAGGACAUCUCCAAGCGCCGAAAUGUUGUUGAACUUCCAACUUUCACCUGCUUUAGCCAACGGGAAUUCAAAUCCGGCAGUACCUCAUAGAUCAAACAUUUCCGAUCCCAAGACCGAGGCAGAGCAGCAGCUUCUGUUGAGCUCCUUUCUUUUCAGAUCAGAAUGAGAUAAUCACGUUACCAUCCCUGCUUGUAAUGAGAGGGGAAUCGUCAAUUCAAGUUAAAGAAUUCGUGUGUCCUCAAAGGGCAAGAAUAAAGUGCAUAAUUUAUGUGA